UCUCUCUCUCUCUCUCUCUCUCUCUCUGACAGAACUGAUUUGCUGAUAGGACUUCUGACCGCCUGAAAUCACGUUUCUCCAGAUUCAUUCUAAACCAUGGAUCCGGUCAACUGCACCUCAGUGGAGCUUUCUGAUGAUGCAGAUGCCCGGAUCAGUGGCAAUAAAAUUGCCCUCUGCUUUAUGCUCUCCGUCCUGGCUGUAGCCACCACAGUCAUCAAUUCCAUGGUGAUUACAGCCAUUCUGGUGACUCGCAAGCUGCAUCAACCCGCCAACUAUUUGAUCUGCUCUUUGGCCGUCACGGAUCUCCUGGUGGCCGCAUUGGUCAUGCCAGUAGGCAUCGUCUACAUAGCGGAAGAGACGUGGGUGCUAGGGCCGGCAAUGUGCCACUUGUGGCUGGGCGUAGACGUUACCUGCUGCACGUGCUCCAUCAUGCACUUGGCAGCCAUCGCCCACGAUCGCUACCGUGCCAUCACCGACGCCGUGGCAUACUCGCAAAAACGCACAUCUCAGAGAGCGGCCGUGACCAUCGUAGUUGUCUGGGUGCUUUCCAUCCUUGUCUCACUCCCCCCUCUGAUGUGGAGGAAGAUGCCUGAUGCAAGCGGGGAAGGCGGCUUCAUGGAGUGCAUGAUGGAGCACGACCAUGUAGCCUUUACUGUGUACUCGACCUUCGGCGCCUUUUACAUCCCGCUAGUGCUCAUCCUGGUGCUCUAUUACAAGAUCUACCGGGCGGCGCAGACGCUGCGCAACCGUCGAGGCAGCAGCCGGCUGGUGAAGCAGUCGGUCAACAGCGUCAUCCGGAGUUCGGACAAGGAAGCCCCACCCCUCAGUCCAGACACGCUCAGCCCCACCGAGAAGUCUUUCUCAGAGCCGUCGACAGAUGGCGAGCGCGUCAAGAUCACUCCCACCACAGGCAGGGUGUUCAAGAACCGACGGAAUCCCGCCGCCAGGGAGAAACGGGCGGCCCUCACUCUCGGCCUCAUUCUCGGGGCCUUUGUGAUCUGCUGGCUGCCUUUCUUUCUCAAAGAGGUCAUCGUAAACACAUGUCCUUCUUGCAGCACGUCGGCUCUGCUGGCUGACAUCCUCACCUGGCUGGGUUAUCUGAAUUCCCUCAUCAACCCGCUUAUUUACACCAUUUUCAACGAGGACUUCAAAAAAGCUUUUCAAAAACUCAUUCCUUUGUCUUGUACCCAGUACAGGUGAACUCAAGAGCCAUGCGAUUCUGGCUGUGGAGGGUCGAAAUCCUAGGUUUAUAUUAUAUUAAAGUCUUAUUUUUGAGACUGUUGAGAGUACAGAAUUGAAAUAUUGAGAUUUGUGGGUACUUCAUAGAAAAUAUAUACACAAUUAGUUGGACUGGAUUAUUUUUCUCAAUCCAAAAUGGCAUUAAUUUAUCCUGGAGCUGUGUUAGCCAAAUUUGAGUAAUAGGAAUUUGCAAUUGUCAUCUCAGGACUAAUGGUCAAGACUUAUGCCAAUUUUAAGAAUCACCUUUCUAUAAAGCUUGAACUUGGUCUCCAUGUCAGCAACAACGCCAUUCCCUCCCAAAGACAGGUUUAUGAAUCCGACAUGUUCAUGACUUGUUACAUUCCCUUUUCAUGCAAUUCAUUUUCCAAGGCAAUUUGGAUUCUGCCACCAGGAUUGAUCAUAUUGGUAACUAAUGUAAUAUGUGCAUGACUCUUCCAUUGAUCUAAAUAAUAAAAUUUUAAUUGUUUACCUUUCCCUUUAGAAUUUAUCCAAAAGAUUCAGAUGAUAUGGUCUGUGGCAGUGCAAUGAGUUUGUACACAAUAUAUUGCUUGUUCCUUUUCAGUUAUCAUGUAAACACCAGAGAACAGUUUUAUCUGCAGUUGCAUUCAGAAUCUUUUAUUUUGAAUUAGUUUUCCUUCCCAAUUUCAUCAGAGGAAAUUGCUCAAAAAGCAAUAUACUAGGACCUCGUGUGUAUCAGACCACACUUUCACUCCCUCAAAAUAAAUUGUAGGUGGUACCCACCUCAAGAGAAUUUUCGAGCACAACAGCACCAUCUACAGGAUAAACUGCAACACUUCCACAACAAGUAUGAAGAAUAAAACUUUUAUUUACACAAAUAAAUGACAAAUUAUUUAAAAAGACAAAGCAAAUCAGUCCUUAGACUCAGA